AGAGGCGGCUUCUAGCCUUUGCUGCCGCCACCCACCGCCGCCCCUGCUGCUGAGGUUGCUUAUGUGGCUGAGAGGAAGGAGCGGAGACGGAUCCGGCGCGCCGCCUCUGUGCCUCGGCCAGAUGGGGCGGCCGGCUCCCGACCGCCCGCACUAAGGAGCCGGGCCCGAGAGGAAGGAAAAGACGAUCCACCCUCCCUCCCCGAAGACCCGCAUGGCGGCCACCUCCUCGGCCAUGGCCCCGGCUCUGACCGAAGCCACCGCAGCCCCCGCGGUGGCCGAGCCCCGCGCCCGCGACUUGCUGUGGAGGCCGGAGGCAGGAGGCCGCCGCCGAGAUCCGGGGCCCGAGCGGCAGCCGUCUCUGGAGGGGGAGGCGGCGGCGCUGCGGGGCCGGCAGGCAGCGCUGUGGGGCCGGGCGCGGAGGCUGUGCCGGCGGCUGCAGGUGGUUCGGGCUCGGCAGGUGGAGCGGCAUGUCCGUCAGCAGCUGGCCGGCCUCUGGCGGCACCUGGCCCCCGGGGCCGAGCCGCCCUCACUGCCGGUGUCGGCGCCCCCGCCCGCCGCCAGGGCCGCGGAGCUUAGGCGUCUGGUGGGCAGCGCCACCGCCCUGCUUCGGGCUGUGCAACGGGACUGCGACUCGGACGCGACUGAUACGGGCAGCGGCAGCAGCUGCUGCAGCAGCGGUAGCAGCAGCAUCGGCAGCAGUAGCAGUAGCAGCUGUUCCUCCGGCGAGGAGGAAGAGGAGGAAGAGACGGCGGUCUCGAGCCAGGCAGGCCCGGGGCAGCCUCCGCGGUCGCCGCCGACGCCGCCCGCACCCGCUGGGUACCCUAAAGCAGAGUGGCAGUGGGCUUUGGAAAGGGCAGCAAUUGUAUGUCGAUGGACAUGGCUUCAGGCUCAGGUCUCUGACUUGGAGUACCGAAUAAGGCAACAGACAGACAUCUACAAGCAGCUCAGGGCCAGUAAGGGGUCAGACUACUUGGGAACCCAACCAUGGUUGAGGUUUGCUGAGGCUUCAUUAUACAAGAGUCUCAGAAAACUCUGGCCUGCACUAACAGGUCCAGUUGUUCUUGGUGAAGCUCAACAGCAUGAAGAUUUGAUAAAACAGCAGUGCAGAAUGACUGAUUCCUUGAAGGUGGAAAACUCCAAGGGGAAUUGGAAAUUUGAUUCUACUCCAUGUAGUCAUUCUCUUGAACUUCAUAAUGUGGACAAACAGAGUCCUCAACUUAUGCAAUCUUUGGAAAGUCCUAUGUAUCCAACUCCAUCCUUUCACCCCAUCAAUGGGACUUCUAGCCUUCCAAAAGACCACACAGCAACAUGCCACAUCAAUGGAGUAAUAAACUGUUCACGAUCAAAUUCCUUGGAUAGCAACUCUCAUACUGAAGAGACACUCAGUAAACGGAAGCGAUUGGAUUCUCCAGCCACCUCCCUCUCACCAUAUGACAGCAGUUGUAUUGCCGCCCGAAUCCGCCCUUUGUGCAGAUAUAGGAAGCGCAAGCUGCUCCGGACCAGCACAGUCUCAUACCUCAGUAGAAAGCCACAGAAACCCCUUACCAUGAAGUGUAGCUGUGAAUGGCCUCAUACUUGUAUCCUAUGUGAAUGUAAGACAUCCAUCAAGCCUAUAGAUGUUGAUACCAUGACAUUAAAGGAACGAAUUGCAGUGUUGGAUUCUGGCUUCCAUCCUAUUCUUUCACUUCCUCAUGGUAGCCCUCUUCAUUUGCACUUUGAAGCCCUUCUGAAAGAGGAUCGACUAACUUAUGGGACUCUGAAAAUGUCUCCACUUAUAAAAGGUUCACGAGUUCUCACAGCUACAUACCCAGUACUAACACCUUCUCUCAGCCCAAACAAUUCACCUCUUAAAGAGGGGAGACCCCUUAAAGGAUUAGCAGCCAGCCGCAGCCUGUUUGCCUCCAGCCCCCAGACACUGAAGCCCAGUCCUUUGGUGCACAAUCUGUCACCUUAUGUUGUUGAUAGUUCUGCAGCACCGUCAUCCAGCCAGCCCUCAACCAGUUCUGCCUUGCAGACCUCAAAGAAGAAGCGAUCAGAAAACUCCUAUGAUAUUGAUAACAUUGUGAUUCCUAUGUCCAUGGCAACUGCUGCUCGAGUUGAGAAAUUGCAGUACAAAGAGAUCCUGACUCCAAGCUGGCGUUUGGUUGAAUCAAAAGAACAAGAGCCAUUAAAUCAGACAGAGUCAGAGUUAGAAGACACAUCUGAUGAUGCUUAUCGUAACCGUAAUACCAAAUAUGAGGAGCUUGAGAGAGCACGAUGGGAUUCCUGGACAGCAGCUGCUAUUUCCCAUAGACGAGGGAACAGCAGAUCUUCCAAUAAAGGUGAAAGCCGAGGAACUCAGUCUGUCCCUAGUACAAGCCUAGCAAUGUCCCAGCCAGUAUCUCCAGAUUCAUCAUAUUGCAAUUUUAAUGAUCUGGCCCACUCUUCCACUGGAACCUAGCCUGAACCUUGCAGCUUGUUGCAGUCUCUUUCCAUCAAGGACAGGACUCGAGUGCCAUCAUCUUGUAGAGAUACCUGUUCCACUACCACUGAUGGUGAUGAUGCAGCACAGAUAGUCCAGCCCUGGGAGCGCCGUACAUUUCCUCUUUCAGACACAUCUUGUCAAGCUCUCUUGGAUCAGCCUAAUAAGCUACUGCCUCCUGUCCCAAAGCCGUGGUGUUCAAGCAGAAAGCCCAACCCCAGGACUCAGAUAGUGCUGGAAUCUCACCCCGUUCCUAACAGUUUGCCUGAAGGGCACUUCCACGCCAACAGUAGCAGCUGCAUAGAAGAAUUCACAAGCCAUGAAUGCUUCUCAACUAGGCUUCUGAAGAACAGAUGAUGCCUUGGGUUCCCAUGACAGGUGCUGUAUCACAUGCAGGCUCAUCUACUUCUGUUCAGUAUCCAGAGCUUGCAGGUGAGCUAGCCCAGCAGAAGGGACCCCAGGAGUGGUCACUGCUGCCCAGGAGACCAGUCAUAGGUAGACUUGGGCUUCCACUACCACACAGGUAGGCGGAUUCCAAGAUAGGCAAAGUGUGGAGGCGCUUUACGAGUCUUUGAAGUGAAGGGAAGGACCUGUGUAGUUUGGGAGAAACUCAUCCACUUAAAGAGUCUGAAGAGGAGGAAAGAUGGUCUGGCUGGCUUGAAGACCAGCAAGUUUGGAGCUGUAAGGGCUGUACCCCAUUUUAAAGAUGGGUGGAAAUUGGAAGAACAGAUUGGAAUGGGUCGAUAUGCCUUUUAGUAGAUUUCUGAUUCUUGGGCAUCUCAGGUUUGGUGAAUGCCCAAGAACACUCAGGCAGCUCUCAGGGCAUUUAUUCUGUGCUCUUGCAUAUAAGUAAGAAACAGCCACUUUGCAGGGACAGACAAAGGCCGUUGCAGCCUCCCAGUUUUCUGGAUCUUAUGUGCAUUCCCAAGAAGCCAGUUACAGUGCAGAUAGAGGUGUAUGUGGAGGGGAUACAGAACAUCAAUGGGUUUUCCAUUCCCAUAGGCUCCGAGCCUUGUCUCUUGUUGUCCAGCAUAAGAUGGCCUCAUGGCUCCUUAGAGCAUAUAAAAGGUCAGGAUCUUCAAUGAACAGGAAUUGGGUUUUAUUAAGUUAUCUAGAUACCUGAUAGCAAAUCUCUUAGAAGUUCCACUGUUUGCAAUUUCUUAUAUUGGUAAUAAUUUCCUCAAUCACAUCAUGAUUUGGAUGGUUGAGGUUUCAUUGUCCACAGUGUCUUUGAGCUGUCCUUUUUGGAAAGGAGGGCUUCAUCAGUAUUGAGGAUACAAGUUAAGUUGGGAAGACCAGUGAAGUUCAACAAGUUGCUAAUUUCUUGCUAGAUGCUAGAAUUAACAUGCUUUCUUCAAGUCCCUACAGGGAAAUAGAAGGGUUAUUUAGCCAUUUGAGGAGUGUCUUAACAGCACAUGGUUCUCACCACUGACCAGAGUGGAACUCCCACUUGCACAUGCAUAUUAUGGAGCUGGGUCAAGGAGGACUGGAAUGUCUCUGUCUGAGAAAAUUACCCUACUCCCUAUUUUUUCUGGAUGAUGGUGAUGGCGAUGAUAACUAUUCCACUACAUGAAGAGAACCUUUAACUUGCCAAAGACAUCAGAGACAGUCUUUCCUCUCUUAGCCAUGUGAUUGAUCUGUGGUUCCUUAAUAAUGUGGCUUAGGUGUGGGCCUGCCCAAAGGUAGUGCCAUCCAUAAGACCUUUCAAAGUCCUUUACAGCCCUCUAUUUCCAUGGCAGAUAUGAAAGGGAGCAGUAUUAUUACUGUAUCCCUUUCUGAUUCCAUAUGACUUCCAGUUCCUAUGGGGCUUUUUGGACAUUGAUAAAAUUAAAACACUAAUUAGGUACAGUCCUCUUGCCAUGUCUAGACCCCUCAGUGAUUUAUACCUACAGGAUUCCAGAUACCUCUGUAUUAUUUGGAAAGAUCUGCCGGGUCAAUAAUGUUUUUGAUAUGUGAGGCCCACUUAAGGGAUAUAGUCUAAGAAAGCCAUGGAUUCUCUAGUAAGAGUGCUGGAAUAUUUAUUGAUAGGUGUUUCUUUUGCCCUGUAGCUUAAAGCUCUAUCUCUUCUUGUAAUGGGAAUGGUUCCCAUCUCCUGCUUUUCCACACUACUAAACGAUCCACUUUCUUUCCAUAUCUCUAAGCGUUCAAGGUACAAGUUCCCUAGGUUAACCCUGUCAGUAGUUGUAAAUGGGAAAAUGUCUUGAAUUCCCAUGGGACAAAGUCAUAUUUUAUUAGUCUUAGCAUGGCACAAUAGCUCUGGUUCUGCAGAUCUCUGACCAUUUUAAGACUAUUUUUAAUCUUAACGUUCAGGGCGUCUGUCUAGCUAUCCUGAUUGUUUCAACCAGUUGACAGAUAAUUGUUACAUUUCAAUCCCUUUCACCCUCACCUACUGUGUACAUUUGUCACUUUUGAUGUAACUGAUUUGUACAUACUUUAUACCCUUAUUUUUUAUUUUGUGUUUCUUUGGAUGGGUGAGAACUCAUAAUCUGCAGGUGAAACAUGGGGACUGUUAGCUUCUGGAAUGUCUGAAGGAAACAAAGUGCAUUUCAAUGGCAAUGUUACAAAACAUGUUUCACUAUAACUACUUCAAAGCGCUUUGUGCUCAACACUAAAGCUAAGGAAAAAAAAAUAAACAUGAAAUUUACCAAAAUGUUCCAAAUCAAUCUUUCUUCUGUAAAAAUAUUUGUGUCUUAAUUUUUGUUUAAAGUGGGUAAAAUUAUCUUAAGCAAAAAGAGCCAUAUUUUAAAAUCUUAAUUACAUGACUAAUCAUUUCUUGCUUUGUUAAUUUGGAGAUAAAGGGAUAUAGCCAGGCUUCAUUUAUUACCAAUGUUCUCCUUUAUUCUGUAGGAGUAUGGAACAAGUUCACAGAAGGCCCAUUGAUUGAAUCUGAUGGAAAGUAGUAUGUGAUAGGAGGGCUGAAGAGCCAAGAGCUCUUGAAAGAAAGCUCAUGACUAAGUGAGGAAAGUCCUUUGUUUAUUUUUUUUUAGUCUGCUGCAAGGGAAGAGGGAGAGGCUUUGUUUUCUUCCUUAAGCAAGGCAAGUGGGUCUUUGGAGGCAGGACUUAGAAGGAACCCUUGUUCCUGCCCAACAAUCUUUCAAAAGUAUGUUAUAUUUGGCCUAAGCCUCCCAGUAAUACUUAACCAACCCACUGCAUAUACUUCUAAAUGAAGGGCAUGAUAUAGCGGAUAAGGCGUUGGUCUUGUUGGGAAGACUUGGAUUCAAAUCUUGCCUCAGACAUUUAGUAAUUUUGUGACCAUGCUCAAGUCACUUAAUCUCUGGGCCUCAGUUUCUUCAUUUGUAAAAUGAGAUUUGAUUUGAUGGCCUCCAAGGUUUCUUCUAGAACCAAAUCCAUGAAUCCAUUACUACUAUAAAAUCAGAGGGAUUUCCAGACAUGUGUAUCAUAAACAUAAUAUGUUGUAAUAUUUUACCCUCUCUGAUACACAUUAUUGGCCACAAAUAAGUUAUAAGUAUCUCCUAAAAGUAUCUCCAGGGCAGUACUUCACAAUCUUUUCCAUCCUCAAACAUUCCUGUCCAUUUCUAAGUUUACCACACUAUAGUCAGAGGAUAGUAAGAAGUUUUUUCCUAACAACUGAUACAAAGCCAAGAGAUUGUGCUAGUGAGAAUGAGGAGACAGCAGGGAGAAAAUAUAGGCCUCUGAAAAGGGGGUGCUUCAUUAUGAUGGGAGAAAAAAGGAGCACAAAGAUACAUAACCUAGAGACAGUGGCCCCUAGAAUAGUGGAGGCCAGGAGUCGCAAAGAAGAACCACAAAAGAUCUGUGUCCAUGAUCUCUGCUAAGCUGAUUUUAAAAACUAGACCUCAUGAAAAGAAAAUUAAUUGACUGGCAGAUUUGUACAGCCUGCCAGCCCUCUUGUAUGCAAAUAGGAACAGCCUGUUUGAGUCCCUGCACUUUUUAUGAACCCCUCAAAUACCAAGCAGCUAGAUCAGGGCAAUUGAUUCAAGAAGGAAAAGGUAGUCAACAUGAACUGAAAAGGUGAAAAGGAGAAGAAAGGCAUUCAUACACAAUAAGAUGAAAACAAAGAGACCCUUCCCUUCGAAGCCACCAAAUCAGUUCCCUUUCUGGAGCUGUCACCAGUACCCCUCUUUUCCCUGAUACACUCUAAAACUUAUAUUGUCCUUUGAAGCUUUCUCAUCUUUACCUCUUUAUUUACUUGUAACAUUUAUACCAUUUCAUUGUCUUUUCUAAU